AUGGCUCGUCUGAGCGCCCUGCUCGUGAGCACGCUCACGCUCCUCAGCGGAUUCGCAUCCGCUAGCUCCGCGGUGGUGGACCUGAUCCCCAAUAACUUCGACGAUGUCGUGCUGAAGUCCGGCAAGCCGGCUCUGGUGGAAUUCUUCGCCCCCUGGUGCGGCCACUGCAAGAACCUCGCCCCCGUCUACGAGGAGCUCGGCCAGGCCUUUGCUUUUGCUGGAGACAAGGUUACUGUUGGCAAGGUCGAUGCCGACGCGAACCGCGAUCUGGGCAAGCGGUUCGGUGUCCAGGGUUUCCCGACACUGAAGUGGUUCGAUGGCAAGAGUGACGAGCCUCAGGAGUACAGUGGUGGCCGGGACCUCGAGAGCUUGUCGGCCUGGAUCACUGACAAGACUGGGAUCCGUCCUCGUCUCCCUAAGAAGGAGCCCAGCAAUGUGGAGAUGCUGAACGACUCAUCGUUCCCCAAGACCAUUGGUGGUGACAAGAAUGUGCUGGUUGCUUUUACUGCGCCAUGGUGUGGACACUGCAAGAGCCUUGCCCCAACCUGGGAAACUCUGGCCACUGACUUCGCCCGCGAGCCCAACGUCGUGAUCGCCAAGGUGGACGCCGAAGCCCCGAACUCGCGCGCCCUGGCCAAGGAGCAGGGCAUCACAGGUUACCCCACCAUUAAGUUCAUCCCCAAGGGCUCGACCGAGCCCGAGGUUUACUCGGGCGGGCGCUCCGAGGAGGCCCUCGUGGAGUUCCUGAACACCAAGACCGGCACGCACCGCGCCGCCGGUGGUGGUCUCGACAGCGUGGCUGGUACCGUGGCCACCUUGGACAAGCUCGUUGCCGAGCACGCGCCGGUGCACCAGUUUGACACGCUGGCGGCCGAGGCCAAGAAGGCCGCCAAGGGCCUGCAGGCCAAGUACGCCCAGUACUACGUCAAGGUUGCCGACAAGCUGGUCCAGAACGAGGACUACGUGACCAAGGAGCUGGCCCGCCUGCAGAAGAUCAUUGCCAAGGGUAACUCUGCUCCCGAGAAGUUGGAUGAUGUGAUCUCGCGCAGUAACAUCCUGCGUCGCUUCGCUGGCGAGGACAACGAGAGCGAGAAGCAUGAUGAGCUGUAA